GUUUCUUUAUUUUCAGCUUGUAGCAUCGACAGUCGAACAUUGAUUACAACUGUGCAAUUUAGUUAACACCACUACGAUGGAUUCACCCUCCCCAACAGAAGUUCAUCAAAGCGCAUCCGCAGAACCCAUGGAAUGCCUAGACAUUGCCGCCGAGCGUGACCCUCGAACAAAGCUGCGACUGUGGGCGAUCCUCAUUGGGUUGUAUCUCGCACUGUUCCUUGCCGCCCUUGACGCUACGAUUAUGGCCACCGCAAUCCCAACCAUCUCCGCUCAUUUUAACUCGGGAAGCGCUUACGUCUGGAUCGCUGCAGCAUACAUUCUUGCUGGCGCGGCAGCUGGCCCUAUCUGGGCCAAGUGUUCCGACAUUUGGGGUCGUAAACCUGUUGUGCUGACAGCUGUUGUGGUAUUUGCUGCAGCCAGUAUCUUCGCGGCAUUGAGCGUCAAUAUCAGCAUGCUGAUUGCUGGUCGAGCAUUACAAGGAACUGCAGCAGGCGGGUUGAUGCAACUGGUUUUGAUCACCAUCUCCGAUAUGUUCAGUAUGAGAAGUCGGGUACUCUACCUUGGCCUUACGGAAGUCAUUUGGGCUAUCGCCGGAGGAGCAGGGCCUUUGGUUGGCGGCGCAUUCACGGAACUUGUGUCCUGGCGGUGGUGCUUCUACGUCAACUUGCCGUUUGCGGCCGUGUCCUUCUUGCUUCUUCUGCUGUUCUUAGAUGUUCAUAAUCCACGGACGAAGUUUUCCGACGGCAUUGGUGCCAUUGACUGGUUCGGACUGGUAUCGAUGCUUGCCGUUACGCUCAUGCUGCUCCUAGGCCUGGACUUCGGCGGUGUCUUUUUCCCAUGGAGUAGCCCGAAGGUCAUCUGCCUGAUCGUGUUCGGUACGGCAAUGGUUGGGUGUUUCCUUUUCAGCGAGAAGCGGCUCGCUAAGUUCCCACUAAUGCCUCUAAGCGUGUUCAACAACCGGUCUAAUGCUGGAGCCUUCAUAGUUGGUUUGUCCCAGGGGAUGUGCUUCAUUGCGGCAGAGUACUAUAUGCCGCUAUAUUUCCAGUCGGUAAAAGCGGCGUCUCCACUCAGAAGUGGCCUGUUGAUACUGCCCAUCACCGUCUCUGAGGCAGCGUUUGGCAUUUUCAGCGGGAUUUUCAUGCAUAGGACUGGCCGUUAUCGUGAGCUAAUUUGGGUGGGCCUUCUUAUUAUGACCGUUGGCACAGGCUUAUACAUCAACUUUGGCGUCAACACGUCCAUAGCAAUGCUCGUGGGCUUCAUGUUAGUCGAGGGCAGUGGCUGCGGACUGUUGUUCGAAGCGCCCAUCAUCUCUAUCCAGAACACGGUCUCUCAAGGGGACACAUCCAUGGCAACGGCCACUUUUGGCUUUCUCCGGAACAUUGCAACUUCGACAUCCAUCGUUGUUGGCGGAGUCGUCUUCCAGAAUGGCAUGGUCAAGCAAGCCAGCGCUCUUCGCUCGGCAGGCUUGGACGCAACUCUAGUACAGAAGCUGACCGGAGGCCAAGCUGCUGCGAACACUGAGCUUGUGCGUACUCUGGCGGAUGCCGCUCAGCGUUUCGCAGUCCAGAAGGCGUUCGCAACCAGUCUUCAAUCCAUGUGGAUAAUGUACACUUGCAUUGCGGCCGUUGGGCUGGUUGCCGGGCUGCUUAUCCGACAGCAAGAUCUGAGCCAGGAGCACACCGAAACACGCACCGGUAUCGAACAGAUGAGCGAGCGCAAGGCGACCAAUACGGAGGGUCAAUGA